AUGGCAGAGCUGCGAGUGGCGGUGAUGGGUGGCAUGUUGUGGCAGCUUCGUUGCCUCUCCAUUGCGUUCUAUCGGCGUGAACUCGGAGAGAGUGGGGCAAGGAAGAUGGCAGGUGGUGAUGAAGGUUUCUCAGUGGUGUUGGAGGUUUGGGUUGUCCUCGGGAGGGAAGAAGUUAGAGGGAGUGAGAGUGGUGGUGGUGUUGUUUAUGCUCGAGUUGGUACCACCGAGAUGAAGAAGAGAAGGUUUGGCCUUUGGCUGGUCAACAAUCACAUCACCCCACGCCACCACCGUAACCAUUUCCAUAGACUAACACCACCACCACCACUGUCAUCGACCACCACCACCUCAGGAAAAAAAAAACUUAUUGAAACCUACAAAAAGACCAUCGAUGCUCAAAUCAAAAGCUGA